AUGGACGACAAUCAACAGCUAUUUAACAACCAAAAUCAUUUAAAUAAUGCAAAUCAUGAAAACUCUACUUCCGAGGAAGUACAGAUGACUGAUCUGAACAGUCCCCUUUAUUAUAUUCAAAAAACCCCCCAAAACGAAUAUUCUCCUUCAAUAGAGUAUCCUGAACCCAAUAUGACUCAAGGCAUGACGAAUUUUGUCAAACCAUUUCAAUUGAAAAAGAGAGACACAAUUCUUCCUAAUUUAAGCAUCGUUUCCACUCUUGACUCUCCGGUUGAAUUCAAAAAAAUUGCAAAAAAGUAUUUAUUGAAAAAGUUUUUUAGACCAAAUCGGUCAUAUCGAGAUGUAUGGCGCCCUCAGGAGUUCAUUCCUGCUAUUUCUGAGGAAAGAAAAGACCAAUCAUCCCCAAAACAACCAUCGGCAACCGCUAAAUUUCCAAAAAAAACAAAGUCUCGUCAAAACAAGAUAAAAGUGUCAGAAGAAAUCGAAAAAAUGAAAUCAACAUCUGAUUCAUUGCCAAAUCAUGAUAUAACGUGUCUAAUAUCCACAAAAUCCGUUGAAUCCUCGCUUUCCCACCAAAAAAGGCUUGUGCGUUACAACAAUCAAGCCACGGAGUCGUCAGAAAUUCAGUUGACCCCCUUUAGUCGAGAUUUGAUUGUCGGGACAUGUGGGGAUCUCGAAAAGGACUACUUUCGAAUCACUUCUGAGAUUGACCCUUCUAAAGUCAGGCCCGAAAGGGUCUUGAAGAAAUCACUUGAGUUGAUAAAGGAGGUUUGGGAGGAGGAGGGAGACUAUGCCUACGUCUCUGAUCAGUUAAAGUCGAUUAGACAAGAUUUAACGGUUUUGUACCUCAAUUAUUCUUCAGGUUCAGGGAAUAAGAAAUCGCUUUGCCCUCUCAGUGUACGACACCCAUUCGAGGAUAUCUCUUGUCGCCGUUUUGUCGUUGAUUAUAAUUAUAGGGAGAUUCCUCUGAGUUUGGACAGUGUUUGA